UCAUUUGUUCCAAAACUUAAAAUUGAAUUCAAACAAGGAAUACAGGCAGGGAUCGUUGAUGUACCGAAAGAAAUUAGUUGUCAGUGUUACAUUAUAUUCAAUCUCAAUAAUCUACAAUCAACGGUAUAUACUGCCAACCUGCUGACUUGCCGUCCAGCUUCAUAUUCUUGGUGGCCAUUUCCCUCUCGCUAAACCUCCUGUACUUAGUUCUUAGAGAGCCUCUGUUUCUCAUUAAUCUUUAUAUCCUCAAGGACGUCUCUAUCUAGUCAACCCUCAUUUUCUAAAAGACCAUCUCCGUUUCAUUAGUGUCUGACUUCCUUAGUUUGAGUGGUGGAGUUACAGCUUUAAAGAAUCAUCUUCUGCAGACAUGAAACCCGUACUCGCGCUACUCGGACUGAGUUUUAUGAUACUCCAACCCAGCCCCGCCAACUCUCAGCUUGGAACUCUCUUGGGUCUCAAGCUCGGCAUCUUUGGAGGGGGAGUGUUAGCGGGCAUCGGCCGCGGCAUCCGCAACGUUACGAGAAGAAGGCUACAAGAUCCUGCGGUGGAACUUAUUUCUGUGAGGGCUCCACCCGCCGAGGAAACGGCAAGUGCAGAUUAUGUGGAACCGACGCGCUUCACCGGAGACUACGACGAAAAUUUUGAUUAUCAAGCAGACGAUGACUAUCGGUUUGACUACCCGUACUCGACGGCAAACAAUCAGACUUUUGAAGACUAUACUUUUCCUGAGUUGUCAGGCACAGACGAGACUGAUAUUCUUCAAGAAGAUGUUAGUAUCGGGCUUUUAGAUCCAAACUCUGAACUUUCUAAACGAGAGCCACCUAAGCCAACUGCCGGCGGGAGCUCCGUGACGACCUCAACAAAUGGUGUUGACCGCAUAAAACAAGAUGAUUCGACAUUAAAUUCAACAAUUCGAGGGGGCUUAGGAUCUCUGAUCAAUUCAAAUGGAACAGUUCCGUCCAGACUUUCUGUUCCCGAUUACAGUACACUGCAAAAUGGACCGCAGAGCGAAGGCGGUGCGUCCGCAAUCAAUUUUCAAGACAUAUUUUCUGGAAUCAUACCAUUCCCAACUGAAGUACCACCACCCAUAUACGAGUCAAUUCUUUCAAACGAUGACCCACAGGAAGACCUUGAAAAUCCAGAAUAUGUUCCCGAUACAUUAAGUCAAGAUACGCCAAACCCGAAGUAUGGUUUGGAAGGGGCUUCUCUACGUGAUGGUCGACCCCCAGCCAGUUCAACACCACGAUCCACUGCUACCACUCCUGCAACCAACACACUAAGAGCGGUUGGACCUGUAAGAAUACACCAGGCAAAACUUAUCACGAGAUACAGUAUUUUAACCCCACAUCAAUUAGUAAGAAUUCGUGAUACCUCGAGCGAAGGAAGGAGCGUAAGAAACGCAAAGCAACGUUCUGUAUUUGCCGUGACAACGGCAAAUGCAAAUUUGAAGACGGGCUCAGCUACUCGUCCAGUUAAUUUACGAAAUCUGGCCAGUAAAUUACAGACCAACAGUUUUCUUCCAGCCAAAAGUUCCCAGAUGAACGUAAACAGGAGAGUUGGAGAGCCAAGCUUUAGACCUACCUCACGUGUUCAAACUAAGUUGGAAGAUAACAGAUUUCAUCAACAAAAGGAAGUCUUAUCACAAGAUAGCAGAAACGCUACAUUGACUGUGCCAAAUCUCAACAGAUCUUCUUCGGUCAAGAUUGCCAGAUUUUACGACGGAGAUUUGGCCAGUAGAGCUCCUAGGAACAGAAAAGUUUUAAGCGGCCAUCUUCCUCGAGGCGUUGGAAUAGACGUAAGACAGCGCGAUCGCAGCUCUCCAGGAGACCGACACUCAAAUAAAAGACCUGCUCUUAAUAGGAGAAUAUAAACAAGUAACGCACCGGCCUUAUAGUUAUUAAUUCACGUUAAGGUAAUAUAUCGAUAAGAAAUAAUAUUAGGUUCAUUAGUGAGUUGUUACAUAAGUACCUAAAAUUACUUUACUGUAAUUUAUAAAAAUUAGUUCUGUGCCUGGUCAAUCGCUCAUUUUUUAAGAAUAAACACAUAUUUAUAGAUACAUAAUUUGUAUUGCUAGGCGGAAGUCGUUCUUUAAUGUUGGUUUUCUUUAAGUCAAGAGAAUCAAGAGAAUACUUAUUGUCAAUUUUCUUGCAGUUUUGAUUGUUAUUGUUUAGAUUAACAAUAAGAAAUUAUUAUUUGGAACACUCAAGUAAGUGUAGUGGUCUUUAACUAAAUCAGCAUAAUAUACAUAAUUAAAUAUCGAACACAGAGUUUAUGGAUGCUGAAAAUUUUAUCUAUCAAGGAGUUACCAAUUCCACGUAAUUAGAUUUUAAGAUUGAUUACAGUAUAUAUUUUUUUCCAUUAUAGAUUUACCAAUAAAUCAUAAAAAAGUUUCGAUGUCAAACAGUUAUAACUUGAACAGCUAUAUAUGGGCAUUAAUUCACACCUUUUGUAGACAAUAUGCAGAAGUCGCAUGUGGUUUCGUAGUUGAGGUUAAACUCAUACUUGGCUGCGAACUUUAUGCCAAUAUUACUAGUUAGUUAGUUUAGUG